UUAGACAAAUUUUACUCAUUUGACAGCACAAAAUUUAGGUUUUUUUUACAUUUAAAUAUAAAUGCCUCUCAUAUAUUACGAUCGAACGAUUAACUCGGCUCAGGAGCUCAUCUUGGCCGGUCUUCGAGAUGCAACCACUGGCACUUCCCUGCGUGAUUUGACUACGUUUGUGACGAGAAAAACGGGAUUUCCGGGCGAAGUCUGCUUCAGAGUUAUUGUGGAUGCCCUCGAGGAGGGCAUGGCCUGCAAGACCAUCAGGGAAAAGGACGGGCUCUUCUACGACUUACCGCCAAAACCUCGCCGUCUGCCCGCUCGGCGAAAAUGCAAAAUACCGCAAGCAGAGCCGGCGAACGACUGUUGCGAUAAUUAAUUCAUAAUGCCAAGAGUAUAUGCUCGAGUGGCCGAGGAGAGCAGCGCAAACACUUUAUUAAAAUUAAAAUUUAUCUAAAUUGCGACAGCAAGCCAUUCUAUCCGCAAAGUACUUGAACAACUUCGUCUGACAAUGACGGAAGGGUUGAUGCCAGGCGUUCCCUCCGCAAAGUGCACUUCUUGUUGUUGCAGCGUCUUGUGUCUGUCAAACGUCAGUCUUGGCGUUCUGGAGCGUUGAAAUUGAAAGCUCCGCUCGCUUUGUCUUCUGGCCAGGUGGAGCAAAGCCCCAUAAGUUGCCACUGGUGGUUGGAUGACGAUGGCGAUGGUGGUGGUGGUGGUGAUGUUGAUGGUGAAGGACUGGGCUCGGGCCUCUGCAUUCUCAAUGUGUCACUUUGAUUUAUUAUUUUCGACAGCCCUCCCUACGGAGACCUGCUUACAGGACCCAUAAGUCUAAGCAGCAGCACUGGAGUACAUAAGCAAAAAAGAAUAGGAGCACAAAAUGUUGUCAAAGUUAGUAGCUUUCACUUUCAGGAAGUUAUCUCAAUUACAUCAGCAGGAGGGAAAAUUAAAUAUCUAGGGAAUAAUAAUUAAAAUAAAUUUAAUACUGGAAAGAA